AUGGCUUCUGGCGCCCCCAAGGAUUUGCCUGUCCGGCCUGCCGACGAGGCUCAGGGCACUUCUCAACCCGCCGCUGCCCCGCCAAAGGACACCAAAGCGAAGAGCGCCCCUCCUGCCGAUACCCUCCCCCAGUGGCUGAUUGAGCGUAACGAGCUCUUCGAGCAGCUUUGGCAACAACAUUUGGAGGAGACCAAGUCUCGCCCUCACCCUGAAAUCAACGUCACCCUCGACAUUGGCGACGGCAACCCCUCCUCCGUCCCCGCUAAGGCCUACGAGACCACCCCUGGAUCUUUCUUGCGCGAUGUUCCCAAGGAUGUGAGCGCCAAUGUGGUUAUUGCGAAGGUGAAUGGCGAACUCUGGGAUCUGAAUCGCCCUCUGGAAGGCGACUGCAAGGUUCUUUUGGUUCCCUUCAGCAACCCCGAGGCCCGUGAGGUAUUCUGGCACUCCAGUGCCCACACUCUCGGCGAGGCUUGCGAGUGCGAAUUCGGAUGCCUUUUGUCCCACGGUCCUCCUACUCCCCAGGGUUUCUUCUAUGACAUGGCCAUGCCUGAUGGACGUGUCGUCCGCGAGGCCGACUGGAAGCCCCUUGAUAACCGCGCUGGAAAGAUUUUCAAGGAGAAGCAGAGCUUUGACCGUUUGGAGGUGUCCAAGGAGAACCUGAAGAAGAUGUUCUCCUACAGCAAGUAUAAGACUCAUUACAUCGAUAAACUUGUCUCUGGAGAAUCAUCUACAGUUUACCGCUGCGGUACUCUGGUUGAUCUAUGCCGCGGCCCUCACAUCCAGAACACUGGCAAGAUCAAGACCUUCAAAAUCAUGCAGAACUCUUCUGCCUACUUCCUUGGUGACCAGUCCAACGACUCCCUGCAGCGUAUCCGCGGUGUCGCUUUCCCCGACAAGAAGCAGAUGGCCGAGCACUUGAAGUUCCUGGAGGAGGCUGAGAAGCGCAACCACCUGCGCCUGGGUAAGGAGCAGGAGCUGUUUUUCUUCGAUGAGGUUUCCCCUGGUUGCCCCUUCUUGCUUCCCGCCGGAACCAAGAUCUUCAACGCCCUCCAGUCUCUUCUUCGCAGCGAGUACCGCAAGCGCGGAUACCAAGAGGUCCAGACCCCCAACAUGUAUGAUGUUGGUCUUUGGAAGCAAUCUGGUCACUGGGCCCACUACAAGGACGAUAUGUUCAAGCUGGAUGUUGAGAAGCGUGAGUGGGCUCUGAAGCCUAUGAACUGCCCGGCACAUUUUGUCCUGUUCGGUCACCGCGAGCGUAGUUACCGCGAGUUGCCCAUGCGAAUUGCAGACUUUGGUGUUCUGCACCGUAACGAGGCCUCGGGUGCUCUCAGCGGUCUGACCCGUGUGCGCAAGUUCCAGCAGGAUGACACUCAUAUUUUCUGUACCCAGGACCAAAUCAUGUCCGAGAUUGAGGGUCUCUUUGACUUCCUGCAAUCCAUCUACGGCCUGUUCGGCUUUCAGUUUAAACUCAAGCUUUCAACCCGCCCAGAGAAAUUCCUGGGUGAAAUAGAGACGUGGAACGAAGCUGAAGACCAACUGAAGAAGGCUAUGACUAAGUUCAAGGGCGAGGACUGGACCAUCGACGAGGGUGACGGUGCCUUCUACGGACCCAAGAUCGAUAUCACCAUUGCCGACGCUCUCAAGCGUGAAUUCCAGUGUGCCACAAUUCAACUUGACUACCAAGCGUCACUUAACUUCGACCUCCAGUUCAUGACGAAUGAGAAGACGGAGAAGGCUGAGAAACCCGCCAAGCCCGCCAAGACUGAGAAGACUGAGAAGACUGAGAAGCCCGCCAAGGCUGAGAAGACUGAGGAGACCGAGGAGAAGAAGGCGGCCAAGCCCAUCGAACCCGGCUCUGGCCGUGCUCGCCCGGUUGUCAUUCACCGUGCCAUCAUCGGCUCCUUCGAGCGUUUCCUUGGUAUCCUGAUCGAGCACUUCGGCGGCAAGUGGCCCUUCUGGAUCAGCCCUCGCCAGGUCAUGAUCAUUCCCGUCAUGCCGGCUGUCAACGACUACGUCAAGGAGCUGCAGCAGAUCCUCCAGGGUGAUAAGCUGAACGUCGAUAUCGACAUUAGCGGUAACACUUUGCAAAAGAAGGUCAGAACGGCUCAGAUUUCACAAUACAACUUCAUCUUUAUUGUCGGCGCCGACGAGAAGGAAUCUCGUUGCGUUAACGUGCGCUGCCGUGACGAUCCCGCCUCACAAUCUAAGGGAGUCAUGAUUCCCCUGGACGAGGUGCGGCCCAAGCUCCGGGCAUUGCGCAAGGAGCGUAGGUUGGAGAGCACCCUGUAG